GGGGAAGGAAGGCUGUUGCCAUGGUGGCCCGUGUGAGGCAAAUUCCUCCAGAGUGAAGUGGGAGAUAUUUAUACCCAGGGUCAGGCAGAGAGCGGCUGCCAGCGGCCAGGGCAGCAGAGCUGGGAUACUGAGAACACAGCGAGGCCGUGGUGUGUGGGCAAGACAAUGGCAUCUCUGGACCACAUCUUUGUUCUCUGUGUGGGUCUCCUCGUCAUGGCCAACGCAGAAGCUCCAAAGGAACAUGACCCAUUCACCUACGACUACCAAUCCCUGCGGAUUGGAGGCCUCACCAUCGCCGGGGUCCUUUUCAUCUUAGGCAUCCUCAUCAUCCUGAGCAGAAAGUGCCGGUGCAAAUUCAACCAGCAACAGAGGACUGGAGAACCUGAUGAAGAGGAGGGAACUUUCCGCAGCUCCAUCCGCCGUCUGUCCAGCCGCAGGCGGUAGAAACACCUGGCGCGAUGGAACCCAGCCAGGUCCUGCAGCUUUGACUAGGCUGAGGGAAGGAGGGGCGAGGACGAGGGGGCGAAGGGCUGGGGCGGGAUGGCUGGGGGAGGCUCUCCUGCCUCUCACUU